GUGCCCCCUUAAAAUUGCUCCCACAAUAGACUAGAUCUACCCAAUAACGUGGAGCUGCCAAACAAAGACUGCCAAAACAAAUCUAUCGCCUACACCAAUACCUAGCCAAACAGUGCAUUAAAGUCCAAAUUAACAACCCCGUUAUGAUCGAACCAAGAACAACAUCCAACUCUUCCCUUUAGCAAUGACUGACAGAUACAUACAGAUAAACGUAGAAAGUUUUGAAAGAGAAUUUGGUUGGGGGAAAUUCUCCGAUAAGUCAAAGUGUCACAUAGCUAUCGAUUACCUGGAACAACAAAGUAAAGAAGAAAGGUACCGAAUCCAUUCAGAAGUUAUUCUUAAGUCAACAACUCCAGCAACCGUGUGUCAUUCUUCAGAGAUAAGACAUUGGAGAGCUCAAGAUUUUUAGCAUUUUGCAAAGUAUUUUACAUUCCAAUAGAACCAACAGGACAUAGAGAACUGGCUUCCUGAUUAACAAGAAUUAAUAAAUCUUCUGAACAGAUUACUCCAGGUUGGAAUUCCAGGACCAGGAACAAGGGAAAGAAAGAUGACAACUAUGCCCCGGCAGUGUAGCACUGAAGUAAGAGAAAAUAGCUAGAAUUGUCUCAUACGAAACGUUUCCAAAGGUGUAGCAGCAAAUUAUUCCACGAUCUAGCCAACAGUAUGAAAAUUGUUAUUUGGAUUGUCUGCAGUUUAGUUGUGAUGCACGUAAGUGGACAAUGUCCAGCAGGUUGUACUCAAUGCGCGCCUGGAGGGAUCGCUAUCUGCGGUUCGGUGUGUCCGAACAAAGUAAAUCUACCAAGGGACAUAACAACGUACAUACAGACAGGAAAUAAUACAUGUGACGUAACGAGCAAAUCUUGGAUACUUCGAACAGAAAAUUUUAUCAACUUUACAAAACUUGAAAACAUCAGUCUGACAUACGCUAAUGUGGCCAACUUUCAUCCAAGAGACCAUCCUUUUGAACAUCUAAUCAACAUUCUUAAAUAUCUAUCCUUAGCUCAUAACAGACUUUUGUCGUAUGGUAAAAAUUUGGAGAAUUUAACCAAGUUAGAAGUACUGGACUUGAGUUAUAACAAUAUUGCAGCAUUGUUAAACAAUUCUAUAUCAAAACUGACCUCUUUGAGAGUGUUAAACUUUGAUUACAACCAAAUCAAGGUUAUAUAUAAAGAAACAUUCUCUGGGCUUAGCAGUUUACAAGAUAUUGUUUUAUCUCAUAAUCCAAUAACAUCUAUAGACAAAGACUCAUUCCAACAACUGACCAAUCUUGAAACAAUCAAAGUAGAAGAGACAAAGAUAACUAAAAUCGAUUCUGGUUUGUUUUCUGGUCUGACUAGGUUAAAAGAUGUGGACAUAUCGCACAAUUCAAUCAGUUCCGUUCAUGAUGACAGUUUUGUGGGAACUUCUAUAGCCAACGACCUGGACAUGUCCCAUAAUCAUCUGACUUCCGUUCCAUCCGCAGCCUUAAAGCAAUGCGCUAAACAGCCUAAUAGACUUUUCUUAUCCGACAAUCAAAUUUCAAGUAUUUCUAACGCAGACAUCAAAGACUUGAAGGUGGAGACUUUAGAUCUUAGUAACAAUCAAAUCUCUUCCAUUCCCAAAGACUUGUUUCAAAAUGUUAAUAUAAGAAGCAUUAACCUCAGCGGAAAUCCUAUAGCACGCGUUGAAGAAGGCGCGUUGACGCAGCUGCAAGUCCAAAAUCUUGACCUCAGCAAUACUGGGUUAGUGUCUCUGCCGAACUCUUCAGAGACCUGGCUGGCCACGGCACAGGUAAAUCUGAGCAACUCGAACUGGCAGUGUGACUGUACUGCUCUUUGGUUGGCUAGACUCGUGUCCGCUAAGGCAAACAUUGUUUCACCAACAUGCUCCAGCAGCAGUAAAUAUUCUGGGCAACUUCUGUCCACGGCUGCCAAUCAGCUAGAACUGGAUUGCUUGACAACAACCACCACAACGACUACGACAACAACGACAACAACGACUACAACCACCCCAACAACAACAACACCAAGUACCACCACGACAACACCGACAACAACGUCAACAACAGCAACUACUACAACGCCAGCAAGUACUACAACGCCAGCAACUACUACAACGUCAGCAACUACAACGCCAACAACGACACCAAAACCGACGACGACAAUGCCGACGUCAACCACGAAAUCCACAACGCUCAGCACAAGCACCACAACAACCACGACAACUACCAAGGCUACACCGCCCCAAACUCCGGCACCUCAGACACCACCACCUCAAACACCACCACCACAGACACCACCACCACAGACACCACCACCACAGACACCACCACCACAGACUCCGCCGCCGCAAACUCAACUCCAGCUCGUAACGUCCACGCCAGCACCAGCAAUCGUUGUCCAGGCGCCGUCCUCAAACAGCUUGGUGGACGCUAUGCCCAUCGUCCUGGCCGUUAUGUGCACGGUGGCCCUGUGCCUGGCCGUGGCCGGCCUGAUUGCAGGGUGCUACCUGUGCAGGAAGACCAACAAAGUCAGCGCCCAGGUUCAGCCCACCCCUCCAAUCAAACUCGCAUGGCAGGUCGUGUGAAAUGAUCAUGAAAUAUUGCAAACUACAAAGAGGAAGCCCGGCAUUUAAAACAUAUGUCAAGGCAAGUUGGAGAACUAACGCUAGUGUUUAAAACCCUUAGACUAUUUCCACAAUAUGAAAUGCCUGUAUUUAUUAAAAGUUAGGGUUAGGGUCAAACUUAAAAGGCAUAAAAGAAAAACUUUGUUUUCAAUCCGUUAACAGAUACACAUUGUUUGAUGUCAUUUAGAACUGAGUAAAGGAAUUGCUAUGUUAAUACUGUAUCAGUCUCAAUAAAUUUAAGUUUGGGUCGUUAUAUCUCUGUCCAUGCUCUAUUACUAGCGAUCAAAUCGGGAUUUUGAAAUAACAUGUGUGCAGAAAACUUAGGUCAAAAUCAAGGUACAUAACCAUGAAAAAAAUGUACACAGUAUUUAUUUUCAUCUUCAUUAUGACUAUUGUCUCUGAAAUGCAUAUGUGUAAGCGCUAAUGUAGAUUGAAUGUCGUUGUUAGUUUGUUGUAGUGUUUCUGUUUUAAA